CGCAGUAAUUGACGCACAAAGACGCCAUUGUGCGGGCCACGGUUCUCGUGGAAGUGUGGCGAGAGGCGCGGAUUAUAACGUGUCUCAUCUAUUCUAUAGCAUCAAGAGGUCGCUGAAUCGACUCUGCGCCGAUAAUCUUGGAGGUCAAAUCGGACGCGGAUUGUUACAUUUUCCUUCAGUGAUAAGCGCGCAGCUAAUGCGGCAGACCUGCGCCGCCGGGCUGUGGCGUCGGAAUUAGGAGGAAGAGACCGAACGACCUUGCUCGUCCUUGUGGCGCGAUAAGCCGGGUCUCGUGGAAACGUGUCCGGGGCAGGCCGCGACCCCGCUAUCAUUUCUCACCCUUUUAACCGACGUCGCGCUAAUCGCUGCACCACUCGCGUCCCACACUUGCUGGCGGUCACCUCGCUCGCUCGCUCACCACCACCAGCCUCUAUCGCGCGCGUCCAUCAUUACGAACUUUACCGCGCCAGUUAUAACCUACAUUGAGCUAACUGAAACGAGAAGAUGCCGGCGCCGACACUAAACGGAGUGAACGGGUCGAUGGAGGACGACAUCGUGAUGACAGGGCUGUCGGGCCGGCUGCCGGAGUCCGACAGCAUCGAGGAGUUCGCCUCCAACCUCUUCGAAGGAGUUGACAUGGUCACCGCCGACGACCGGCGUUGGCCCACAGGACUGCACGGGCUACCCGAGCGCAAUGGCAAGCUGAAGGACUUGUCACAGUUUGACGCCACGUUCUUCGGCGUACACGCCAAGCAGGCCCACCUCAUGGACCCGCAGCUGCGUCUCCUUCUUGAGAUCACACACGAGGCGAUCGUGGACGCCGGUCUCAAUCCGCAAGAACUGCGCGGCUCCCGCACCGGCGUCUACGUCGGCGUGUCCAACUCCGAGACCGACGAGUUGUGGACGCUCGACCCCGACAAGAUCAACGGUUACGCGCUCACCGGCUGCUGCCGCGCCAUGUUCCCCAACCGCAUCUCCUACACGUUCGACCUGAAGGGGCCCUCGUACGCCAUCGACACGGCCUGCUCUAGCUCCAUGUUUGCGCUGUCGCAGGCCGUGGCCGCCAUGCGCGCGGGUCACUGCGACGCGGCCGUCGUCGCCGGCGCUAACUUGUGCCUCAAGCCCGGCAACUCUCUGAACUUCCAUCGCCUGAGCAUGUUGUCUCCGGAAGGGCGCUGCGCGGCGUUCGACGCGGAUGGGCGCGGCUACGUGCGCUCUGAGGCCACAGUGGUGGUAUUGCUGCAGAAGCGGGCGGACGCGAGGAGGAUUUACGCCACGGUGAAGGGCGCCCGCAUGAACACGGACGGGUACAAGGAGCAGGGCAUCACGUUCCCGAUCGGCGCUAUGCAGAAGAAGCUUGCGGAGGAGACCUUCGCCGAAGCUCGACUGAAGCCGCAGGACGUUUCCUAUGUAGAGGCUCACGGCACGGGCACUAAGGUGGGCGACCCGCAAGAAGUGAAUGCGAUCGCGGAGUUUUUCUGCAAAGACCGCAAGACGCCCCUGCUAUUGGGCUCGGUGAAGUCCAACAUGGGCCACUCGGAGCCCGCUUCGGGGCUGUGCUCCAUAGCCAAGGUGCUGGUCGCCAUGGAGCGCGGCCUCAUCCCCGGCAACUUGCACUUCAAGUCUCCCAACAAGGACAUCCCGGCCCUCAACGACGGGAGAAUAAAGGUGGUGGACGCCAACACGCCCUGGGACGGCGGGCUGGUGGCCGUCAACUCGUUCGGGUUCGGCGGUGCCAACGCGCACGUGAUCCUGGAGUCGGAGCGGAGCCGGCGGCCGCGAGUGACGCACAGCGGCACGCUGCCGCGGCUGGUGCUGGCGUCCGGCCGCACGGAGCCGGCGGCGGCGGCGCUGCUGCAGCACGCGGCGGCGCACCGAGACGACGCCGAGUUGCACGCCCUCAUUGAUGCGGUGCACGCGCAGAACAUACCAGGACACUCCUUCAGAGGAUACUCUAUCUUGACUGACACCCCCAUUGAAGAGAUCGUGGAGGCAGAAGGCAGCGGCGAGAAGCGUCCCAUCUGGUUCGUGUUCUCGGGCAUGGGGUCGCAGUGGGCGGGCAUGGCGCGCGACCUCAUGCGGCUGCCGACCUUCGCCAGCACCAUCCAGCGCGUAGCCGCGGCGCUGAAGCCGCACGGCGUCGAUCUCGUCCACAUCCUCACGGAAGCGCCCGACGCCGCCUUCGAGGAAGUCAUUAACUCGUUUGUGUCUAUCGCCGCGGUGCAGGUGGCGCUAGUGGACGUACUUCGCGCCGUAGGCAUCCGCCCAGAUGGCAUCGUCGGACACUCCGUCGGAGAAUUAGGUUGCGCGUACGCGGACGAGACGCUGACGGCGGAGCAGGCCGUGCUGGCGGCGUACUGGCGCGGACGCAGCAUCGCGGACGCGCAGCUGGCGCCCGGCGCUAUGGCGGCCGUGGGGCUCACCUGGCAGCAGUGCGAGGAGCGCUGUCCGCCCGAGAUCGUGCCCGCCUGCCACAACGCGCACGACAGCGUCACCGUCUCCGGCCCGGUCGACGCGAUCGAAAAAUUCGUGGCUCAACUCACCGCAGAGGGCGUGUUCGCGCGCCGCGUCAACAGCAGCGGCGUGGCGUUCCACAGCAAGUACAUCGCGGCCGCGGCGCCGCUGCUGAGGAAGCGUCUCGACUCGGUCAUCCCGAACCCCAAACCACGCUCGUCGAAGUGGAUCUCCUCAUCGUUGCCCCAAGACAAAUGGGACUCUGAACUCGCGAGGCUGAGCAGCGCGGAGUACCACGUGAACAACCUGCUGUCGCCGGUGCGGUUCGCGACGGGGCUGCAGUCGCUGCCGACGCGCGCGCUGGUGCUGGAGCUGGCGCCGCACGCGCUGCUGCAGGCGGUGCUGAAGCGCGCGCUGCCCGCGCCCGCCGCGCACGUGCCGCUCGUGCGCAGGGACGCGCCCGACGCCGCGCUGCAUUUGCUCGCCGCCAUCGGCAAAAUCUAUGCGUACGGCGGGCAGCCCCAGGUGGGCCAGCUGUACGAGCGCGUCCCGUUCCCUGUGUCCCGCGGGACGCCGGGACUAGCGUCCCACGUGCUAUGGGACCACUCCACCGAGUGGAGCGUGGCCAACUUCGGCAGCAACCAGCGCACGGGCGAGAGCGUGUUCGAGUUCGACCUCAACCGUCCCGAUGACGCCUUCCUCGCCGGUCACGAGAUCGACGGAAGAAUACUCUUCCCUGCCACUGGAUACAUAGCGCUCGUAUGGAGAACUGUAGCCAAACUCCACAACAGAAAGGUUGAGGAAACUCCGAUCGUGAUCGACGACAUGACGCUGAAGCGCGCCACCAUCCUCACGCGGGAGACGCCCGUGCGCUUCCUCGUCAACAUCCUGGACGGCACCGGCGAGUUCGACGUCUGCGAGGGCGGCAGCGUCGCCGUCACCGGCCGCGUCCGGCUUGCGGAAGAUCCAGCCAAAGAAUGGCUCAACUCAGAUAUUACUAAAGCUGCCGACGAACCGGACUUGCUGCCGCUGCUUCCUCAAGAUAUUUACAAAGAGUUGAGGCUGCGCGGUUAUAAUUAUAAGGACGUGUUCCGCGGGGUCAAGAUCUCGGACGCGCGCGGUACGGAUGGCGAGUUAUCGUGGAACGGAAACUGGAUUCCGUUCAUGGACACGAUGCUGCAGUUCGGCAUCAUCAGCAGCCGCAACCGCGAGCUGUGUCUCCCCACACGCAUACAGCGGAUCCUCAUCGACCCGGGGACUCAGCUGGCGGCGUUGGAGAAGGCCGACCCGGAAGCACCUUCGUUCAAAAUCCGGCGCUGCAAGUACACCGACAUCACUGUAUGCGGAGGAGUGGAGCUGCGCGGUGUGAAGACCAGCCUUGCACCGAGGCGCAUCAACCCUCAAGCACCACCUAAACUGGAGAAAUACGUGUUCAUGCCGUAUGACAACGCGAGCGUCGGCACCGAGGAUACAUCUCGAUCGAAGCGUGACGCGCUGACUGUGAGCCUUCAGUUGCUGCUCGAGAACGCAGGCACGUUGAGGCUGAAGCUAACUGAAGCGGCAUUGGAGAGGCCGGCAGAAGCGUUGCUUACGCCGCUGGCGGUGCAGGUGCUCGAGGCGGAGCCUCAGGUCCGCGUGGAGGCCAGUGUGGCUGCCGGCGCCAACUCCGCGGCUUACAACGCCGCGUUGCAGGAAUACGGAGUUAAGGUGACAUCAAAGAACGGUUCCGACGCGGCGCCGGACAGCGAUUGCCACUUGGUGCUAGCAGCCGACGUCCUGAGCCGGCACGGGCCCAGCGUGCUGGCCAACCUGGCGGCCGCGCUGGGCGCCGGCGGGCUGCUGCUGCUGGAGGAGCCGCAUGGCGCGCUGGACGAGCCGGCGACAGCUGACUUGCUGGCCCGCGCCGAGCUGCUGCUCGUGUCCAGACAGGUCACCGCCACCUGCGACUACAUCACGCUGCGGCGCAAGCCCACGCUGCCCCAGGAUCACGUGCUCAUCGAGAUAGAGGAGGAUGAAGAGUACAAAUGGGUGGAGCCACUGCGCGAGGCCAUGAAGCGCGCCGAGACGGAGGAGCUCCGCAUCUACGUGGUGUCGCGCGCAGCGGACAGCGGCGUGCUGGGGCUGGGCACGUGUCUGCGCGCGGAGCCGGGUGGGCGUGCAGUGCGCGUCGUGCUGGCGCCCGGCGCGCGCUCCUUCGCGCUGCAGCAGGCGCCGUAUGCGGACCAGCUGGCGCGCGACCUCGUCACCAACGUGCUGCGCGCCGGCGUCUGGGGCUCCUACCGCCAUCUGCUGCUCGACGACUCCGCCGAGGCACAGCUUCAGGUGGAACAUGCAUAUGUGAACACGCUGGCGCGCGGAGACUUGUCGUCGCUGCGCUGGAUCGAGAGCCCGCUGCGGUUCGCGCGCGAGCAGCAGUGGAGUGCCGACACCGAGCUGUGCCACGUGUACUACGCGCCGCUCAACUUCCGCGACAUCAUGCUGGCCACGGGCAAGCUGCCGCCCGACGCCUUGCCCGGCAACCUGGCCGGACAGGAAUGUAUCCUGGGUCUGGAGUUCAGCGGUCGGUCGUCCAGCAGCGGCAAGCGCGUGAUGGGCAUGGUGGCGGCGCGCGGGCUGGCCACCACCGUGGCGGCCGACAAGGGCUUCCUGUGGGAGGUGCCCGCCAAGUGGACGCUGGAGGAAGCCGCCACAGUGCCCGUCGCAUAUGCUACUGCCUACUACGCCCUGACAGUGCGAGGACGCAUGCGUCGCGGGGACUCAGUGCUGAUCCACGCCGGUACCGGUGGAGUAGGCCAGGCGGCUAUCGCCAUCGCUCUGCACGCGGGGUGCAAUGUGUUCACGACCGUGGGCACCGCGGACAAGCGGGCGUUCUUGCGCCAACGGUUCCCGCAACUGGAAGACGCUAACAUCGGCAACUCCCGCGACGUCUCCUUCGAGCAGAUGGUGCUGAAGCGCACCGCCGGCCGCGGAGUGGACUUGGUUCUCAACUCGCUGGCCGGAGACAAACUGCUGGCUUCCGUGCGAUGCCUGGCUGAAGGCGGACGAUUCCUCGAGAUCGGAAAACUCGAUCUUUCUGAAAACACACCUUUGGGCAUGUCGAUCUUCCUGAAGAACACGACCUUCCACGGCAUCCUGCUGGACGCGCUGUUCGAGGCGGGCAGCGAAGCGCCGGAGAAGGCGGCCGUGUGCCGCUGUCUCAGCGAGGGGCUGGCAACCGGCGCCGUGCGUCCGCUGCCCGUCACCGUCUACGGCGACCAGCAGCUGGAGUCCGCCUUCAGAUACAUGGCGACGGGCAAGCACAUCGGCAAGGUGGUGCUGCGCGUGCGCGACGAGGAGACCGCAGCCGCCCCCGCGGCCCCCGCGCCCCGGCUGCUGCCCGCCAUCCCCCGCACCUACUUCCAUCCCACCAAGGUCUACGUCCUAGUUGGCGGUCUGGGCGGGUUCGGGCUGGAGCUGGGCAGCUGGCUGGUGAAGCGCGGCGCCACCAAACUGCUGUUCAACUCUAGGAGCGGCGUGCGCACUGGCUACCAGGCCUGGUGUAUUAAGAGAUGGCGCUCGGCGGGCGUGUGGGUGGAGGUGUCGCAGGCGGACGCCACGGCGGCGGCGGGCGCGCGGCAGCUGCUGGCGCAGGCGGCGCGCGCGGGGCCUGUGGGCGGCGUCUUCAACCUGGCCGCUGUGCUGCGCGACGCCUUCCUCGAGAACCAGACGCCCGCUGACUUCCAGACAGUCGCCAAGCCCAAAGUCAAUGGAACCAAAGCUCUGGACGUGGCCACUCGCGAGCUGUGCCCGGAGCUGGACUACUUCGUAGCGUUCUCGUCCGUGUCGUGCGGGCGCGGGAACGCCGGCCAGACCAACUACGGGUUCGCCAACUCCGUGAUGGAGCGCAUCUGUGAGCAACGGCAGGCGGACGGGCUGCCGGGGCUGGCGGUGCAGUGGGGCGCUAUCGGCGAGGUGGGUCUGAUCGUGGAGACGAUGUCGGACGAGGCGGUGGUGGGCGGCACGGUGCCGCAGCGUAUCGCGUCGUGCAUGGAGGCGCUGGGCGCGCUGCUGGCGCGGCCGCACGCGGUGGCGGCGUCGCUGGUGCUGGCUGACAAGCGCCGCGCCGGGCCCGCCACGCAGCUCGACGUCGUGCACGCACUCGCCAACAUACUCGGCAUCAAGAACCCGAACAAGACCUCAGACACGGCGACUUUGGCCGAGCUCGGCAUGGACUCGCUUAUGGGCGCCGAAAUCAAGCAGACUCUAGAACGGAGCUAUGACUUGGUUCUCGGGGUGCAGGAAAUCCGCACGCUGACGUUCGCUCGUCUGCGUGAACUGACGGGCGGCGAUGCGGCGGCGGCGGCGGCGGGUGGGGCGGGGGCGCCGGUCCCGGCGCAGGAGGCGGCGGAGCCGGAGGCGGGCGAGCUGGUGCAGCUGGCCACUCUGGGCGAGCUCAUGCCCAAGCAGGUGCUGGUCAAGCUGCCCAGUGCGCCCGCUAAGGGCAACCCGCAGCCGGUCUUUAUGGUACACCCGCUGGAGGGCGUGGUGGACCUGCUGCGGCCCGUGGCGGAGUCCGUGCGCGGCACGGUGUACGGGCUGCAGUGCACGGCGUCGGCGCCGCUCACAGACAUGGCGGCGCUGGCGCGCUUCUACAUCGCGCACGUGCGCUCCGUGCAGCCCACGCCGCCCUACACGCUGCUGGGAUACUCCUUCGGCGCGGGCGUCGCCUUCGAGAUGGCGCUACAGCUCGAGAAGGAAGGCUGUGCGGCGCGCGUGGUGCUGGUGGACGGGUCGCCCGCGUACGUGGCCAUGCACACGACGCGCGGCAAGAGUCGCAACGCCGCGCGCACGCGCGCUAGCGACGAGGCCGACGCGCUCGCCGUCUUCGUGCAGCUCUUCAAGGAGGCCGACACCGCCAAGCUGUCGUCGGAAAUGGAGAAGCUUCCAAACUGGGAUGCGCGGAUCCAGCGCGUGCAGAGCGAGCUGGAGGGCCACACGCCUCACCCGGCCGCCGCCGUCGCCGCCGCCGCCUCCUCUUUCUACCGCAAACUCGCCGUCGCCGACACCUACAAACCCAGCGGCAAGAUCUCCGCACCCGUCACACUGUUCCGAGCGAGGGACAACUAUGUCCUGACAGUAGGAGAGGACUACGGUCUCCGUCCACUGUGCGCGGGCCCGCUGUCGCUGCAACAGCUGCCGGGCACCCACCGGACGGUGGUGCUGGGGGCGCCGGCGCGCACCAUCGCGGACCACGUCAACGAAGUGCUGGGGUCCCGCUAGCGACGCCGUCGGCGCCGGCGCCGCCGCCGUGUGUGAUGUGUGAUUCACUGACAAUGAAGUGAGACGAUUGUAGCGCGAUGAUUGAUGCCAUAGCUAGUGAACAAUUAUAAGACUAGGAAAUAUUGGAAACGAAACAAAAAUUUACAUUCAACAAGAUAAAAAUUUAGCUUACUCAAGAAAAUUGAAAAUGUAAGAACCAUGGGUUUUCAAUAAAACAUGGUUCGACUGAUAUGUUUCGUAUUCUAAACUUUCCUUAAAUUAAUGAAUAGAUUAAUGAGUAUAUUAACGUGAUGUUUGUUAACCAGAAAGUACGUAGACGCCGUACCGUCGAGGUAUGUCAGAAUCUGACUGGGCGACGCUAGCCGACUUGCAAGCGGCAAGUCGCGCGUACAAGCGCAAUGUAUGCGGAGCGUCCCACCCUAGUGUCUUCAUAUUUUGUACUUUUACUAUGUAUAGUUAUAAUUUAUAUACUCUUGUAGAUAUUAACGGCCUCUCUAUUUAGUACCGCGGGUAUAUUACUAUAUAUAUAUAUUUAUAUUUAGUUAGUAAUGGGUCGAAUAUUGUACAUAUAAUAUUUAUGAGCGGGCUGAGCCUGCGCUGCGAUACCCACAUUCCGCAUCACAUGUAGUGUAGUAGUAGUGUAGUCAAUGUACGGUUGUUGUGGUAAUUUAUUUGUUACUGACGAAACGUCAGCGCGCUGUGAUUAAAAGUGCAUUAUUUUUGAAAA